UCCUUUCUCUAUUCAGUCUUGUUUGUACGUGUUUGUAUAAUCCCACAUUCAUCUCCAAAACCCCAUGAAAAAGCACUAGUGACUCAACUCACCCAUGGCAUCCUCCUCCUCCUCCUCCAAAGAAGUGAUAACCCUGAAACUACUAGUCGACACGAAGAACAACAGGGUCCUAUUCGCCGAGGCCGGAAAAGACUUCGUCAACUUCCUCUUCACCCUCCUCUCCCUCCCCGUCAGCACUGUCGUCCGCCUCCUCACCGCCAGAAACAUGGUCGGCAGCCUAGGAAACCUCUACGACAGCGUCGAAAACCUGAGCGAUACCUACAUGCAGCCCAAUUCGACGGAGGCUUCCCUUCUUUUCACCGAUGACGAUGCCGCCGCGCCGGCGGUUAACAAGAUGUACAAGUGUGGAAAUUGUCAUAGGUUCGUCACCAAUGACCUAAAAGCUACUUGUCCAUCAUGCAUGUGUGCUAUGUCGACCGAGGUAACAUUCGUGCCAUCAAAAGUUGCCAAUAGUGAUUUAUCCGGAAAGGGAGGCUACGUUAAAGGUGUCAUAACAUAUAUGGUGAUGGAUGAUUUGGUGGUGAUGCCCAUGUCUACCAUCUCUGGUAUUGCAUUGCUUAGCAAGUUCAUUGUUACAAAUGUUCAAUCUUUGGAGGAGAAGGUGGUAACUUUUGGGAUGGAUGAGGGUUUGAAGCUGUUAAAGGCGACUUUGCAUUCAAAAAUGGUGUUAACAAGUGUCUUCCUUGGAGGCAUGAAGACAAUAGAUGCUUCAAGUUCCAUUCCCCGUGAUCCUGCGGUCAGCGAAACAGGGCCUACCACGGAUGCCUCGGUGAGCACGAGCCAAGCCAUGUCUGAACCUCCUCCAAAUGAAGCCGUUGCUUCUUCCGAGCCUAAGUCCAAAGAGUUUUAUGAAAGGGUUGAUGAAUGUUUCAAGAUUACCAUCCGCCGCCAACAUUACCCUUCUCUCACUCCUCCCCCUGAGGCUGCCUCUGUGGCGCCCAAAAUCUUCCCUUCUUUUGUCAAGUUCUUAAAGAGCAAGGAUCCCAGUGAUGGUACAGAGCAGGCUUUGCUGGAUGAGUUGAAGGCCCUGGAUGAACAUCUCAAGGGACAUGGACCAUACAUUAAUGGGGAAAGUGUUUGUGCUGUUGAUUUGAGUUUGGCGCCAAAGCUGUACCACCUUGAGGUGACCCUUGACCACUUCAAGAGCUGGAAAAUCCCUGAAAGCUUGACUCAUGUCAAUAAUUACAUCAAGUUGCUCUUCUCUCAGGAGUCAUUUAAGAAGAACGUGGCUGCUAAAAAAUACGUGAUUGCAGCAUGGGAGGCAAAGGUCAAUGCAUGAAGUUAUUCUAAAUUGUAGUUGUAGUAGUUGAUCUGUAUUUUAAGUGUAUCUCGUAUGGAGGUACGUUUAGAAAUAGAUAGAAAUGCGGUGAAGGCUUUGAACUGAGUAGUCACUGCCGGGUCCUAUGCCUAAUAAAAUCAGGAAAAAAAACUGAAAUGGUCCUUGUAAUUUAAUGUUUGUGUAAACUUGGUCCCUGCAGUUUGAAUUGACUCGAUUUAUACUCUAUA